UUAGAUAUGGAAAAGUGUUCAAGCAAACUCAGAAGGAUUCCUUUUUGGUCUCAAAUAAAUCAACUCAUCGUUUCUUUUACAUCUCUUUACAGCUCACAGAAUCAACAAAAGUGGCACAUUCCUAGACACUGUAGCAACUUACUGCAACAUCUCAUUGUAUCUUUCAGUUGACUGUUCAGUUUUACAUCAAUCGCAACCACCUUUUACAAUUGACCCUCAUUAAUGAGUCCAGCGGAUAGUUAUCCAGUUAACAAAGAGUUGACAAAGACAAAGAGUAAUCCUUGAUGACCAUCGUAGUUUACAAUAACCCUUACUAUGUAUUUUGCAUAAACAAUCAACCUUUACCUUAAAAGUGUAAAUGUAAAUUCAUUUUACCAACAACUUAGUGAGACACUAUCAUUGUAUACAAAUACAUAGGAAUCCACAGUUUCAACUAAUUAACCCAAAAAAUUAUACUACUGAACAACCAUGACCACCUCAAAAGUGACGCAUUCAAACAAUGAAAAUCUGGUCAACAGAUCAUCAACGGAAUCUAAUACAAUCAAUGACAACAAUAACAAGUCAAAUGGUUCGGAUAAGAUUAGCAUGCAUAUUUAUUGGCAUUACGUUGCCGGUUAUGCUUUGCUUCAUGUUGGUGCUUUUUAUGGCGUCUGGUUAAGUUUAACUGAAGCAACCUGGACAACAUUAAUUUUCACAUUUAUUUUUUACAUUGUAACUGGUUUCGGUGCAACUGCUGGAGUCCAUCGUCUUUGGUCUCAUCGAGCCUACAAAGCAAAGUUACCUUUAAGGAUUUUACUGGCCUAUUUUAAUUGCACCCUUUACAUCGGUCCAAUUUAUGAAUGGUGUAGAGAUCAUCGAGUUCAUCAUAAAUAUACUGAAACUAAUGCUGAUCCUUACAAUGCUAAAAGGGGCUUCUUUUUUUCCCAUAUUGGCUGGUUAAUGUGUAAAAAGCAUCCUGAUGUACUUGCUGCUGGCAAAAAGAUUGACAUGUCCGACAUUGAAUCUGAUCCGGUUUGCCGAUUCCAGAGAAAAUAUUAUAUGCCUCUAACAAUUUUAUCAUGUUUCAUUAUUCCAACUUUGAUACCAAGAAUUUGGGGUGAAUCUUAUUGGGUUGCAUUCUGGGUUCCUGGAAUCCUCAGAUUUGUCCUACAGCUUCAUGCUGGAUUCCUUGUAAAUAGUAUUGCCCAUAUGUAUGGACGUCGACCUUAUGAUAAAGGUAUAUUUGCUGCUGAAAAUCAUUUAGUUUCUUGGUAUGCUGGUGGUGAAGGUUUCCACAAUUAUCAUCAUACCUUUCCAUGGGAUUAUGGUGCCAGUGAAUUAGGAUGGCGAUGGAAUCCAGCGAAAACGUUUAUCGAUCUAAUGUCUUCAAUUGGAAUGGCCUAUGAUUUGAGACAAGCAAGCCCUGAUAUAAUCAAAUCAAGAAAGGAGAGGACAGGUGACUGUAAAGAUCAUGGCCCUUAUGGAUAUUAUUGAAUGAUGGUUGACACAAAUGCUUUGAUCAGUUAACAAUGGGCGAUUGGGAUUAUCGAUUGUAUACUAAGAAAAGAUAAAUACUAAUUAAAUAACAUUGUAAGUAUUUGAAUAACUUAUCUUAAGCAAUAAGGUACAAAUGCACUACGACAGUGAUGAAAAGCUAACCGUGGACGUCUUUUGGUUUGGACAAAUUGGAAUUAUUAUCACAUUUAAUACAUUGAAAGACUUUACCGGAUCAAGCCAUAAUAUGAAAGUUUGACUUACCAAUGGACACGAUUAAUUAGUUAUAGUCAUCAUUAUGUCUCACAAUUGCACUUAAUAACAUCAUAUUGUGAUUUCUUCAUUCUUUAUGAAGUUAAAAUAUAUAAACUAGCAAAUUUGAAUCAAGCUGAUUUUUGUCUCCUUGAUCCUUAUAUUGUCAUUAUAAUUAUUACAGUUGAAAUGUUAUUAUCAGGAUUAUUUGUUUACAUUUAACUUGAUUAAUUUAAGAUUUGAAUCGUUUCAUUAAUUACUGAUUAAAUCAGCUUUCAGAUUCAUCUCAUUCAAAUUGAGUUAAUUGUACUUGAUAAUUUUGUAACAAUUAACAAUCAACAUUAUCUUCUUUACUAUCUUCUAUAGCCAAUACAACCAUCAUCUUACCAGGUGAAGGUUUUUUAUUCUCAAUCUGAUAAUCACAUCUUGAAUUGCCACUGAAAUGGUUCGUUUCAUUGGAAAUAAUUUAACUGUGAACUGAAAUUGCAAUCUAAUGUGAUCUAAAUUAAUGUUGAUUGUUGAUGAGCAUAUAUUCAUAAACGUUCAACUCACAACUGCAAUAUAUAUUAAUUUUAACUUGAUAACAAAAAGACAAUCCUUCAAUAACCAAUCCAAUAAACACUUUGGACCCAAACAUGAUCAUCUUGUUAAAAGCUGCAUCAAUAAAUUGCAAUAUUUUGCAGUUUUUCAAUUGUUAUUUAUAAUUACAAUAAAUUUAAUUAAAUUACUUGCUAAUCUCUCA